AUGGUGUGGCAUCUAUCGCUUAUUACUAUACUAUCAUUACUUCCCGGUGCUUUGGCCACCGGCUGGGAUGAUUUUGCAGAUGACCUUGCUACAGACCUGGCGCCUCUUAUAUCCCUUUUUGGUGAGCGACUGAGCAAGCAGUUCUUAUCUGAAUCCACCAGCAUCUUAGAUAACUUUCUCUUCUCUGUGGCCCCAUUGGGUAUUCUGACGGCUGUGGUUUCCGUCAUUCGUGUUUGCGGAAAUUCAUCUCUCCGCGCGUUUAUAGGGCGGGCUCAAGAGGGCCCUGGUGAAGCUGAAAAUGAACUCUUGUCAUGCGUGUCCGAGACAACCGCAGAGAUGUUUAACAAUGGAGGAAUCUCUAGGGUAUUCGGAAGACCUCGACUACUAGAGGUUAUUGCCUGGGAGGAGACAGAUCCUCAGACAAAGGAGCGCUCCUACCGGAUAGGAACUCUCCGCGAUGCCCUCCGUGAGGGUGCUUGGUUGGCGGGCAAAGGAAGUUGGAUUCUCGAUGAGAAGGAAUACUUGCCCGAGCUCGACAUCCCGAAUCUGUCCCUGAACAAGGGAAUUGAAAAGAGCAGCCAAGGCUGGUUCUAUGCUGCUGCUGUUUUGGGGCUAGGUCUGCAAGUUGGGGUCAUUGUAUACGCUGCAAUAACUGUGUACCUCUAUCCGGUACAAUUCAAAAAAGACGGAAGUCUUGUCGUAAGCUAUGCUUUCCCGCUGUUUUCCCUUGGGUCUAUCUUUCUCUGCAUCGGAAUGUUCCUGUGCGCUUUCAUCAUCGAGCGCUCAUCCACCGAAUGCUACAUUCGACCUGCAAUGCCCAGCAAGAUCUACUGGUUGCAGCCCGGCGGCCAGGAUGUCGGUGACCAAGUUUUUGGGGCUUUUCUAGGUGUUAGCGAGGGAGCUAAUUCCAAGGCGACUGAAGACCUCUUGUAUAUUAAAUCAGUCAGAAGCCCUGGAGUUUUCGGCAAAGGGCCAUUGCUCGUGUUUACUGUGAUUAUUACCCUUAUUGGUUUUGUCAUCCAAUUUGUUGGUAUCCGAGGGCUACAUGCCUCUGUGGUACUGGCAGAAAUGGGCGCUACUCUCCUAAUGUCCAUCGUCAGAGCCUGCCUGCGGACCAAGAGAUCCGGAUCAGACGAGAACCGCCUAACGGCUGAAGAGCGCCAUCUUGUGUCCUAUAACGAGCAAGAACUUGACUGCUUUGCGUUUCAUCUUGAACAAGUCAGGUCGUUUGGUUUAGUCUCGAGCGCGCCACAUAGAUCUCGAGCUCAGUCGACAACCUCGUCAGCAGCUGCAUCAACACAAUCUCCAAGUCAGACACCCGGCCUUGGAACGAAGCUUAUAACGACAAGGGCUCAACUAGCCCGCCUUACGUCCAACCCCGACAAAGAGUCCAGCUUAGCUUGGGAUGGCCUUCCAAUUAGGGAGAGAGCUCAAAAACUGGCGGACACGAUAGAAAGAACAAUGAACUUGUUAUCAGGCUGGAAGAAUAUCGCUGGUGAUACCGUUAGCUUUGACCUCAUGCUCACUUGUCAGUCUCUCAACAAAGGUGGUUUCAAUCCCGCGCUGGAAACCUACACCAUCAAGCUCCACAGAUCAGAAGAUACUUUGUUGUGGAAGGUUGAUGAGACCGAGCUCGAGGCAAUUCUAGGACUAUGGACAUGGUCGCUGCUGAAGUCGAAUUCGAAAUGGCUUCAGAUGGGGCUUGAUCGUGCUGUUGGUUUGACCAAAUCUGAGGCAAUGGCAGAAGAAACCGACCUUUAUUUUCAUAAGUGGAUUUACCGCCAUACGGAAGCCAGGAUGGUUUCGUCCAAGACCGUGUCAUUUGGUAGCGAACUCUUUGGACUCUAUUCAGACAAGAAUCCUGGAAACAAGGAAAUUCUCGUUGUGAAAACACAGAAUAGUCUCGAGACCAUGGCUGCUCAAGAUAUUUACAUCCAUUUCCUCAGAAGCGUUCUCCAAGACUUCGAAACAAUUGGUGGCGAUGUGGAUGUGCGCCCAGGCUCACAAAACAGCUAUACCUCAUACAGCAGUCGCCUCGACGAGUUAGUCGCCUGCUUCGAGUCCGGAGAGCUUGGUUCAAGAGAAGACGCCCUGCUAUGCAUCGUUCCGGUUCUGAAAGCUCGGAAGCUUCUACCAGAGCUUGCUGCAGACUCGCACCGGGUGAGAGCGCAGAUUGAAAGACUCGUCUCUAACGAUAAUUGGGCGGAAGCUUUCUCUAUUGCUCGCUGGCUCUGCGAACGCUCUUAUGGAGAGGAGUUCGAACGCUCCGUUUAUGAACUUGGCUACCUCUGCCAGCGUGCGAUCACACACAACGAGGACACUGUUCGAAGAGAGGCGCUCGACAUCAUACUUUCUCUGCUACAAGGUGAUCCAAGAUUGAGGUUUUCAAGCGGUAUAAGAAGUUCUCGGCCUACAGACUGGAUGAAGUCCCAGCGCCAGAAGGCCUGGUGGAUCAAAUUCUCUCGACAGCUUGGUUGGAUUGUAUGGCAUAUUGCCGAUAACAAGACCGAUAGACACUCUAUAAAGAUGCAAUUGGAACCUAUAGGGAAUUAUGAAUUCUUGGACUUACAAGUGGCAGUCUGCGACGAUGACCAAGAGAAGCGAAAAUGCGCCGAGGAAACAAUUUUGGGUUGGCUGACGCACGGCAUGGAUAUUGUGUUUGAAAGGCAGGUACCUGGUGAGGAGGACCAGCUCUGCCUCGAAUGGGCUUUACAAAACGCGCAGGAAGCUCUCGGUCAUUGGCUAUUAUUCAGGUGGGCUGAGGUUGGCAAGCUUUAUGGGGCAAUGACGCAAAAGGCCUUUGUUUUCGCCGCAAGAUGCGGUUCGGAUGCAGCGAUACAGGCACUAAGACGACAUGGAGCAGACAUCAACAACCAAGAGUAUGAGGGAUAUACGGCGCUCCAUGAAGCUGUUGGCAAUCAGGAACUAGAGGCAGCAAAGAAACUGCUCGCCAACGGUGCAAAUGCAAACCUGGGCAUGAAGUCCAAUGGCAUAACACCCCUGGGCGUAUCUUCGAGUCACGGAGAUGAACCGAUGGUUCUUGUGCUUCUGCAGUAUUUGGCAAACAUUGAGCACAAAGAUUUGCAAGGGUUUAGUGCUCUCCAUCUUGCCGUCCGACACAAUCAACUGGCUAUCACACGAUUGCUCAUUGAGAAGGGCGGAGAUAUUGAGAGCGCCGCAGGAGAUGGGAGAACGCCUCUAACCUACGCUGCAAUUGAUAAUAAUGAAGAGAUGGUCGAGCUUCUCCUGGAACAUGGAGCAAAUGUCAACUCUGCGGAUGCUUGUGGCUAUACGCCGUUAAUGCUAGCAGUGCGCUCAUUUGCAUCCGAGCAAGUCAUUCGUCUGUUACUCGAUAACAAGGCCAAUAUCCACCGAGUGAACAAUAGUGGUAUGACCGCUUUCGACGAGGCUAGGGAAAGCGAACGCUUAGAUAUCGUGGCAAUCCUGGAAGCGCACACUAGACCCUAG